GAGGCGCCGCGCUCCGCACGGGUGUCACAAUGGCCAGGCUCUAUAUCUUCCCAAGGGGCUGGUGCUGCCCCAGUUUCUCAUGGCGUUUGCAGGAGGAGGACCCAGAGAGAGCAGUGCGUCCAUCUGGGGGAUCCUGCUGCCCUGAGGAGGAUGAGAGCACUCAGAGCUCUCUGCCCGUGCUUUGGUUCUCAGUCCAGACCUGCACAUCCUGAGGAUGGAGGCAGGGCAAAGAAGGCUGUCCCUGAAGCCGUCACUACCUUUGUGGCUAGUGGGGCUUCUCUGCUAAAGCGGCUGCAAGACCAUGAGGGUGACCGAGUGGAGACAUACCGGGAGCUGGAGAGCUUCUUGCAAGGAGACGAUGGCAGUUUGCAGAGCGGUGUCGUGAACCGCCUGAUAGCAGAGGUGUCCAGUGACAUGCGAGCAGCCCAGGGUGUGACAGAUGAUGUGAAGAUGGCUGCUAGCGACGUCCUGGUGGCUCUGGCCCGCUCCCGCUUCCACUUUGUCAUGUCUGAGCUCCAGAGCCACCUGAAGGCCAUGGGGAAGGUCCCUGAUGAGAUUGUGCUCCUCACCUUGGGCAAAAUGGCCCGCAGCUACGCCCUGCGGUGCAUCCCCUUCGUGGGAAUGACGCUGCUUGCCCUGCGUGCCAUGCUGAGCCGGGUGGGGAGUGGCCGGAUCCUGCGCGCCGUCUGCAGUGUUCUGGAGCAAUGGUCAAAAGGGGUCAAUACAUACUUCGGCAGCCAGGAGCAAUGCGCCUUCCCUCGCAACGGGGAAGCGCAGCUCUGUGAAGACAUUUACCCAGUCUUCCGUUACGCGCUGGUAAAUUGGCUGGGCUGCGAGGAAGAAGAGGACAAGCAGGCUGUGCUCAGGGCAGUGGCUGCCAUGAUGGAGGUCCUGCUGCGUGAGGAGCAGCACCGCGAGCAUGCCUGGGAGCAGCUCCUCUGGCUGCUGCACCAAUCUCAGGAGGUCCGAGACACCUCCCGGGUCAACAAGCUCCCUGACGUGACCAAAGAGCCUGGCCUGGCCCCUAAGGCAGAACUUCCCCGCUGCAUCGCGCUGCAGGCACGAAUAUGCCCUGAGGAGACGGGCAUGUUUCUGCACUCCCCGGAGAGCGGUGGGAGCAAGGCCGGUCGCGUGGCAGCCCUGGGCCUGCUGGGAGCGCUGGCCCACUCUGACGCACCUGCAGUGAGAGAGAAGCUGCCCCAGGUGAUGGAGGCCAUGGGGUCAGUGUGCAACGACCCCAGUGCCCAGGUGCGGAGGGCAGUUCUGGAGUUCAUCCGGGAGCUGCUCAGCUCCGGCUCCCAGAGCUGCUGGGCAUGGGAUGUGGUGGGGCACAUCUUCAGCGAGUUCAGCCGGACCUCAGGCAGACUGGUGGCAGGAGGCCUUUUUGCCUGGGUAACACCGGAGGAAGGAGCUCUUCGAGCCCUGUGUGUGGACAUCCUGGGCUCGCUGGACGUCUCUCUGAGAGGGAUGACCAAACUCCUGUGGCCGAGGUUGCUGCAGUACGUAGUGCCAGCCCAGUACAGUGGCAUGCUGAUCCCGCUCUCCCACUGUCUCCGAGCCCUAGUUGAGAGACGGGAGAGUGCAGGGUGUGAAGAAGACGAGGAGGAGCCUGAUGCCGUGGACUCCCAGGAGCGAGCCCGGCUGCCGGCUCCCCAGGCCCUGCUGGCUCGGCUGCUGGUGGUGGCAGCAGCUCCUCACAAGAGCGGCGAACGUGCCGUCGCUGCCUUGCAGCUGCUGCAGGCCCUGCAUGGCAGGAUACACCGAGCCUUGGGGGUGGUGUGGACUACCGAGAUCCCCCUCCUGCUGCAGUACUUGGAAGGGAAAACCAAGAGGUCCCUGGACUCUGCAGAGUGGGAGCAUCGUGUGCUCAAGUUCCUGCGAGCGUCGCUGGAGCCCAUCGAGGACAGGGCCUGGACCAUGGGCCUGAGCCAGGAGCUGAGCCAGCAGCUGGGCAGCUCUGCCCCUGGCUCCUGGGAGAAGCUUUUCCUGUACAAGGCCCUUGGGACAGUGCUGGCAGCUUGUCAGGAUCUCAGACACGUCCAAGGGCAGGUGCUGAGGUUCCUGCAGGAGACAAACCCUGUGCAGCUGUCUGAAGCCCAGGGAAUGAUUUCUGUUGUGUCCCACACGGCUGAGAGCCACUUCCAUCUGGUCUUGGACACGGUGACCAUGUUCUCCACCGCUUUCACCAGAGGCUGGUUUUAUCAGACUUCCAUGAGCUGGAAGGUCCAGCGGUGGCAGAAGAUGGAGAGCGCCCAGGCCAUUCGUGCUGCUCUGAUGCGCACCUACAGCGGCAUUGCACUGCGUGCCCCCAAGGAGCAGCUGCUCACCCGCGUGGAUAAAGAAAUCGUGGGCAACAUCCUGCGGCUCUCCAGAGCUAAACAGCUCAAGCUCGCCCUGGUGCAGAGCAUCACCGAGGUCAGCUGUGCCAUCCAGGCUGUGGGCAACUGCGGCAGCUUUGAGCUGUCCUUAAAGCAGGAGGCAACGUGGACCUUGCUGGACUGGAUCAAGGGGGAGCCCUGGGACUCCCUGGUGUAUGGGGUGUUCCAGGCCCUGGAGGAGUUGAGCAAGCUGAGGCCACCUCUGAGGCGGGAGGAAAAUCACAAGCUGCUGGCAGUGUGCUGCCAGACUGUCUUGUCCUGUCCUUCCAAGGAGCGGAUGAAAAAGCGCAGGAAGACAGUGAGGGCAGCUGUGAACAUGCAGCUUCUGCACAGGAGAUGCUUGGAAGAUCUGGGCCAUCUCCUAGAAACCUUUCUGGAGGCAGAGGUGACCUCUGCCUGCUUUGAUGACGUGGUCCAUGUCCUGAAGGGCUGGCUCAUCUCAGCCAAAGAAUGGGAGCGGGAGAGAGCCCUGCAGGUUUGCACCCACGUGCUGGGAGUGUGCAAGGAGCGAUUCGAGCUCAUGAGAGGACGUCCUUGCAAGCGGUUCGGCUCCCUGGUGGGAUUGCUGGCGACUCUGACCAGCGACUGCCUGGCCACGUCCUGCCAGAGGGCAUGGGUCUGCCUUGGCUACCUUCUCCAAAUGCAAGGAGAGACAGAGGAUGGUCAGACAACUCGCUCGGAUGAGGCCCCUGACAUUCCAGAGGCCAGGACCAUGGAGGCUGUUUGCAAGUGCAUCCCUCCAGCGCAGGCUACGGACUUUCUGACUGCCGUCCUGCCCAGCUUGCUGCAUGUCACACCCACGUGUGUGAAGCCACUAUGGAAGUGGGUGUUCAUCUUCCUGGUGGAAUGCAGGAAGGAAAUAGUCCAGGAGAGCACCCACAGGCCCUUCCUGCUCUGGGCCGUGUUUCUCCUCGCCCACUUUCACCAGGAGCCCGUCAUCAGCAGUCUCCUCCGGAAAGGUCUGCCCAUGGACAGUGACAUGGUGGAGCUGUGGAGGAGCCUGGGGAGAAGCACCAUUGGGAUUCAGGUCCUGAGGUGCUUAGUGGAGAAACUAAACAGAGCACGAAACAACUGCCUGGGGACCAACUCCUCCGCUUGUGAGUGGCACAACCAUGAGACUGCUCUGGAGACUUUGAUGAUCACCCGUGCCAUCUCCGAAGUGGUGCUUGCCCUGAGGAGCACAGAGGAGCUCAGGCAGCUGCUUCCCCACCUCCUUCCCAGCCUCCUGAGGUGGGCCAGCGAAACCCUGGGCGAGGAGCGGCUGCUUUCCCCCCUGGGAGAAGGCGGAAGACAACUGUUCCUCAAGGGCCAGGUGCUUGAGGAGAAGCCGUGCAGGGUUUUCCUUAUGGCUUUAGAGUUGGUGCUAGGCAAAUGCAUGGCAGAGAAGUGGAUGCGGCUGCUCAUGAAUCGGGCAGCGUGGGCUCUCCUUGAAGACCCCCUGACCCAUUCUGAUGGGGUGCGUCUCCUGACCAGGUAA